UUUUCCUAGCACACUCAUUGGCAACUGACAGUCAGCAUUUCUAAACUUGUACUGUUUAGGCAGUCAGUCGAUAUUAAUGGGACGGCUUAGCGUAAUGUUCGACAUCACUGCCUCAUGCAGUCUUAUCACAGAUUUAGCGGUCCCAGGACCUGGGGACCCGGACAAGAUGGCUUCUCAAUAAGGUUUUCAGGUCUGAUAUCUAACGUUCUUUCCGCCUUUGUGACCCAAAACAAACGUUCCUGUACCUUGAUCUUUUCUAGUCCUGUCAUCUUGCACCAGAAAGAUGCAUCCAUUCACAGCUUACGCUGUUGGUGUUGCUGUCGUCGGCUUUCUCGCGUACGCACUCGUGGAUGUUGUCUCGAAGUACAACGCCAAGUACAACUGUCGCGGACUACCUGGGCCGGCACUCAUACCAUGGAUUGGACGCAUCCAUGACCUGCCCAUCGACUUCAUGUGGCUCAAGUUUAAAGAAUGGGCUGAUACGUAUGGACCCAUCUACCGAACAAAGAUGCUAGGAGCGAACUUUGUGGUCAUCUCGGACGAGAGCAUUGCUGAAGAUAUUCUGAUCAAGCGAGCAAAAGUCUACUCCGAUCGACCUGAGAUCAAGUCUUUGUUCGAUGCGAAGAGUACCUAUGGAUCCAUGGAGUAUUUGCCUCUCAUGGGAAAGAACCAAUACUGGGCUCGUCAGCGCAAAUUCACUCACUCUUACCUUACCGAAUCGACAAAUGCCAGGUACUAUGGCAUCAUGGAGUUUGAACAGAAGAGAUGGCUCCAACGGCUUGUUGAGAACCCAGAUGACUUCUCGUUCUCGCUUGAGGAUAUGUGCUCCAAGGUCAUGGCAUCCUUGACUUGGGACGACCACACCAUCAGUGUCCCCCUUACACCAAGCGCUUGGGGUCUUCUCACACAGAUGUCGCCUGCUGGUCCAAUCACAAAUGUCUUGACACCUCUCUGGGAUUGGGUUCCCGAACCCAUCAACCCCUGGAAGAUCCGUGAGCGUAAGCGCCAUGAUGAACAACAGGAAUUCUUCAUGAAGAAUCUUACAGACACCCGAAGCAGGAUGGAGAAGGGUAAGCAGAGGCCUUGCUUUACCAAGACGUAUCUGGAGACUGCAGAGAAGAGUAACAUCUCUGGUGAUUACGAAGCGUCUUGUGUGCUUGGUAUGAUGGCCCUUGUCGGUAUCUUCACAGUGACGGGACCCAUCUACUACUUUUUGAUCGCCAUGGUACACCAUCCGGAGUGGCAGACCAAGUGUCAAGAAGAGAUCGAUGCCGUUUGCAAGAACGGACCCCCAACAGUUGCCGACAUGCCAAACUUGCCCAUUCUGCGCGCCUGCAUCAAGGAGACGAUGCGAUGGAAGCCAACAGUCCCAACUGUUCUCGUAGGUGUUGCCCAUGAGUGCGAGGCUGAUGACUGGUAUGGCGGAUACUUCAUCCCGAAGGGCACCCGCAUCUUGCCCCUUGAUUAUGCCUUCCUUCGUAACCCGGUCAAGUACCCCGACCCAGAGUCCUACCGACCUGAGAGGUGGCUUGAGCCUGGCUGGCCUACUUUCCAAGGGCCGCUCACCAAGUUCCCUAUGAUUACUGGUAUGUCGUCGUUCGGCUGGGGGCAGCGUCAAUGUCUCGGCAUGUCGAUCACCCGUGAUGAGACCAUCACUGGCUGCGGUGGCUUGAUGUGGGCUUUCAACCUCAAGAGGAAGGUUGACCCUAUCUCCAGAAGGGACAUCGAAGUGCCCUUGGACAAGUCCAACUCGCUCCUUAUUAUCAAGCCUGAUCCUUUCGAGAUGGCUUUCGAGCCAAGGAGUGAGGCAAGGAAAGCAGAGGUAGCUCAGCAGUGGAAGGAUGCCGAAGCGAAGGAUACAGCCGAGCGAGCAGCGUUCCUUAGAGCCGCAGAGGCCAAGGAG